AUGCACACCCUGAUGUGCGACGACUACCAGAUCUUCGCUCUACGAGACUACGAAGCCUUCGCCGUGAUCAAGCCUUGCAGCAGAUCGAGAGACCCCUUCCUGCUCGGCCAUUCUCGCCGCUUCACGCUGCCUCAGCGACGGGCCCCCCUGCACACCGCUGACGGUCACGGCGAGUGGGUUUCAUGCUUGAGCGCCGCCCACGCUGAAGCAGCACUCAUUGAGACGGAAUGUUCUCAUUGCAAGGAUAUGAGUCUCGCCUCUCUGCGCUCGCGGAAAGCUUUCUUUUCAGAGAGCAACUCCGCCCCUCGCACCCUCCCGCUUUCUUCCUCCCAGGAGCCUGUGAGGAAAAAGCAGCGGGGCAGAGGAACUCAGCGCUCGGUGACGAGUGAGCCCAUGCCGGCUGAGCCCCCGCGUACCUCACUCUAUCCACUCAGAGAGGUUUCUCCAGUCCACUUCUCCCUCCCAGACCAGCGUUCCUCUGUGGCUGCAAGCGAUCUGGUCUCAUUUGGAAGAAGCGAGUGUGACGCCAUGGACGACAGCAUGUCGUUGGAGGCUUCAGAUGUGGAGGAGCUGUCGGGCUCGUACGUCGACCCCGCCCCCUUGCCAUCUGCACAACCCAGCACAGCCAGCACGGGCAUGGACGCCGAGCUUUUCCGCGUCCUGUCUAAAGCGGUGGAGGAGCUGGGUUUGGAGUGGUCUCCGCCGGAGGAGUGGAGUGGAGUGGUUAUGGAUGCUAGGCCUCAUGGCCUCGGUGUCUCCAGUACUACAAUUGGGCCUGUUCCGCAUGCGGCCCCUUCAGUAUUGGCUGAAACCACAAGUUCCAUCCCGCGCCUGGCGUCUGGGACGCUUUCGCGUCAAGGUAGACCAGACCUGUGUUUCAGCCCUGGUCCCUUGGAAAGAUCCUCGUUGGAUGGAACGGGGCGUGCCCCUGGGAAUGGUCUGCAGAAGGAAGGUAGUCUCGAAAGACGCCUCCAACACGGACAGUCUCAGAAAUAUGUGCCUCCAUCUGCAUUUUACAGAGAGCUGAGAUUUCCAGAAAGCAAACUAACUCUGAUUCAUGAAGGUCCUCCAAAAAGAUUCUGUCUACAUACAGAGAGAAACGUGCUUGAUGACAAUGGGAAAGUCAGAAAAUGGACAUAUGGGGAAAAAGACACCAGUAAACCAAUCAAAAUUGUUCUGUUGGUGGGAGAGACCGGUGUCGGCAAGAAGACUCUCAUCAACACUAUGGUCAACUACUUACUGGGAGUGAAGUUUGAAGAUGAAGAAUGGUAUGAAAUCACAGAAGAAGCAGCUGGAGAUCAAUCAGAAUCACAAACCUCUGAAAUCACCAUGUAUGAGGUCUUUCCUGAAGAGAGUCCCAUAUCGCUCACCAUCAUUAAUACUCCAGGCUACGGAGACACUAGAGGACUGGAUAAAGAUCUGGAAGUUGCUGAGAAUUUAGCCACUCUGUUUCAGUGCAAUGAUGGAGUUUGUGAAGUCGAUGCCGUGUGUUUUGUGACUCAAGCAUCUAAGAAUCGUCUCUCAGACAGACAGCAUUACAUUAUCAGUUCAAUUCUGUCUUUGUUUGGAAAAGACAUUGAAAACAACAUUGUGUUUUUAAUGACACACUCUGAUGGUCUGCCUCCCAAAAAUGUCAUUGGUGCCAUUAAUAAAGCUAAAAUCCCCUGCAGACGAGACAAACACGGGCAACCUGUUUAUUUCUUAUUCAACAACCGGCAGGUUGAAGCCCGUCACACUAAAGAACGUCACGUUCGUGCUCAAAGAGAUGCCUGGGAAGACAGCGUGGACGGCAUGAUGCAUUUCCUUCAGUCUCUGGAUGAAAAGAACAGAAGAAGUUUAGAGUUGACUUUACAUUUCCUGAUUGAACGCCUUCAGUUUGAAGCCUUUAUCUGCAACUUAACGCUGCGAGUUCAAGAGAACGAGCUGAAAAAGGCUGAAAAACUUCAGAUCCAGGAGGCAAUGGUGCAAAACAAGGAAAAGAUUGAUAAGUGUGAAAACUUCAGCAUUAAAGUAAAAAAGACUGUCAAAGAGAAGGUGCCCAUCGAGAGCAAGUCAUGGAAGAACAGGAAGGCAACGACCUGCACCGUCUGUGAGGAAAACUGUCAUGAGUUUGACUGCUGGUGGAGUAAUGAUCUCAGCAAAUGUGAAGUCAUGAAAAACGGUUUCUGCACCGUGUGCACAGGGAAGUGUCAUCACAGCAAACACGUCAAAGAAGACAAGAAAUAUGUCAUCAGAACCUCAAGCACGACAAUAGAAUUUGACUCUAUAAAAAUGGAAUAUGAAAAAGCUCAAGAACAAACCAAGGGGUUUUUGGUUAUAAUGCAACAUCUUGACAAAGAUCUGCAGGAGAUUGACACCCAAAAGUCAAUUCUUCUGCUCAAUGCUUACAGGACCAUCAAGCAUCUGUCUCAGAUUGCAUUAAAACCAGACUCUAUUAUCACUCUUCAGCAUCUGGACUUCUUCAUCCCCAGAGUGAGGGAGGCUGGGAAAGAAACCUGGGUCCGAGAGCUGGAGGAAAUGAGGAGAAAAGAUGUAGCUGAUGAAGCCAAUAAAGAUGCUCUGAAUUAUCUCAAAGCUGGUCUGGCAAAACGUUUCAUGACUGGGCAAUGA